UCUGCAGCAACAUGCAGCCAACCGGCCAAAGCCCAAGAUGGGGACGUCAGCAGCGGUCAAGCUGCCGUCCAAUCGCAGUGCGUCUGGCGCCAGACGCAGGAGAACACGCUGCCGAAAGUGUGAGGCAUGCCUCCGAACCGAAUGUGGAGAAUGUCACUUCUGUAAAGACAUGAAGAAGUUUGGAGGACCAGGGCGCAUGAAACAGUCCUGUAUCAUGAGGCAGUGCAUUGCAGUGAGUAAAACCACACAGGCUUUUCAUUAUCCAUACUAUUUAGCAGAGAGUUCAGUUAACCAAUAUUGUCUUAUUCAAUGAUGCCGUGCUGUGCCACAUGUAAAGACUGUGCAUUUGACAUGCAAACCAUAAUGAGAGGUUCAGGGUUUAAAUCAAAUAACAUGCGCCGAAUACAACAGGUGUAGACCUUACCGUGAAAUGCUUACUUACAAGCCCUUAACCAACAAUGCAGUUCAAGAAACAAGAGUCUGUGUAAGAGAGAACCAACCAGAAGUACAAUGAUACAGAGCGAGACAUCAGGAAGUGAGUGCUAACAUUUUUAUUUGGCACAGUAUGACUCAUUCAUCUGUCAAUGGUCUCUAGAUUCUGUUGAGUCCAUUCAGUAGAUAUUUGUCUACGGCUUGGCAUAGUCGCCAAUGUCUGUUACUGAUUCUCCUAAAACAGGAAACAGAAUGCCCAGUAGCAGCUUAUGAACACUUUUUCCAAAUAUUAUUGCGCACCGGCAUAGUAGACUCAAUGUGUCUGACUCAAUUAGUUUGUCACUGAAUAUGUAUUUGUCCCUUGCAGCCUGUCCUGCCCCACACGGCUGUGUGUGUUGUGUGUGGAGAGGCAGGUAAGGAGGACACACUGGAGGAAGAGGAGGACAAGUUCAACAUCAUGCUCAUGGAGUGCUCCAUCUGCAGUGAGAUUGUUCACCCCAACUGCUUAAAGGUGAGCUAGGAUGAGCAUGUCAAGUCAUGACUGAACACGAGGAGUUUGAUGAUUCAUAAUUUGUGUGAGUGAGAUUCACCUGAAUGGUAGCUUAGUGGUUAAGAGUGUUGUGCCAGUAACCGAAAGGUCGCUGGUUCUAAUCCCCGAGCCGACUAGGUGAAAAAUCUGUCGAUGUGCCCUUGAGCAAGGCACUUAACCCUAAUUGCUCCUGUAAGUCGCUCUGGAUAAGAGCGUCUGCUAAAAAGUAAAAAAAAAAAAAAAAAAAUGUAUGAUACAGUUGAGAGAUUUGAUAUGCUUUGUGACUCAAAUGAGGGCAAUACUGUGUCCUGGAAUGUUUGCUGCUGUACCAAUGGCAGGUGGUUCACUGUGUUUGACUUUCAGACAGUUUUACAAGGCAGCUUGUUGAGGCGGUGUGGUGGGGACUUCUUGUUGUUGUUUGACACUGACUGAACCAGCUCAUCAAUUUCCCUCCUCCAGAUUGACUUACAGAAGGCUACUAUAGUCUCUGGGAAGGAGAAGUGUCCAGCUGAAAUCACAUGACAUAAGAAUACAACUUUGCAGUGUUGUUGACAUUGCCGGGUCGAGCCGGAUGCAAAUAAAAUGCAAAGUCACUCGUGCACUCUUAACAACCAUUCUGCCAAACCAUAGCAUGAUCUUGCUCAAACCUGUUCAAAUGAAGGGAAGUUGUGACUGCCUUUGGUAUUCCAGGCACAUAAUGCUCUAAAGUGGUAGGUAAAGGAUUCCUGAAGAAUAUACAUUUUUCAUUUUGAUAAUAGGAAUUAGUGAGAAGGUCUUUAUAUCAGAUGUUAGAGGUUGUUGUUUGCCAGAGAUUCUCACUUUAAAUGUCUGAGAAAAAAGGAAGUGUUUAACUGCCUCACAUUAAGUGGUUUCAGUUCCCUGUUUGUCUCUGGUGAACACAUUGUACUUUAGUCUAGACUCCCGUUCUGCCCUUCUUCUUAACUAGCUCUUUUACUUCAUGCUUUUCAGGUAAAAGAUGCCUCUGGCGUGGUGAAUGAUGAACUUCCUAACUGUUGGGAAUGUCCCAAAUGCAACUACGCUGGGAAAACAGGAAAAGUGAGUACCUAUAUGAAUUCAUCAUUUAUUUAAGUAUGUGCAGAAAUCUAAAAUGUACAUGUUAUUUUGUAGUCUGAUAUUGAAUUUGCAGUGACUUAAGAAACAGGGCUGUGAACUUUGGAAAACAUUCCCCAAAGAGUUUCAUUCUUUAAAGUCUGAGGCAUUUCAUAAUGUAAACUCGGCAAAAAAAGAAACGUCCUCUCACUGUCAACUGCGUUUAUUUUCAGCAAACUUAACAUGUGUAAAUAUUUGUAUGAACAUAACAAGAUUCAACAACUGAGACAUAAACUGAACAAGUUCCACAGACGUGACAAACAGAAAUGGAAUAAUGUGUCCCUGAACAAAGGGGGGGUCAAAAUCAAAAGUAACAGUCAGAAUCUGGUGUUUGGCCACCAGCUGCAUUAAGUACUGCAGUGCAUCUCCUCCUCAUGGGCUGCACCAGAUUUGCCAGUUAUUGCUGUGAGAUGUUACCCCACUCUUCCACCAAGGCACCUGCAAGUUCCUGGACAUUUCUGGGGGGAAUGGCCCUAGCCCUCACCCUCCGAUCCAACGGGUCCCAGACGUGCUCAAUGGGAUUGAGAUCCGGGCUCUUCGCUGGUCAUGGCAGAACACUGACAUUCCUUUCUUGCAGGAAAUCAUGCACAGAAUGAGCAGUAUGGCUGGUGGCAUUGUCAUGCUGGAGGGUCAUGUCAGGAUGAGCCUGCAGGAAGGGUACCACAUGAGGGAGGAGGAUGUCUUCCCUGUAACGCACAGCGUUGAGAUUACCUGCAAUGACAACAAGCUCAGUCCGAUGAUGCUAUGACACACCGCCCCAGACCAUGACGGACCCUCCACCUCCAAAUCAAUCCCGCUCCAGAGUACAGGCCUCGGUGUAACGCUCAUUCCUUCGACGAUAAACGCGAAUCCGACCAUCACCCCUGGUGAGACAAAACCGCAACUCGUCAGUGAAGAGCACUUUUUGCCAGUCCUGUCUGGUCCAGCGACGGUGGGUUUGUGCCCAUAGGCGACGUUUUUGCCGGUGAUGUAUGGUGAGGACCUGCCUUACAACAGGCCUACAAGCCCUCAGUCCAGCCUCUCUCAGCCUAUUGCGGACAGUCUGAGCACUGAUGGAAGGAUUGUUCGUUCUUGGUCUAACUCGGGCAGUUGUUGUUGCCAUCCUGUACCUGUCCCGCAGGUGUGAUGUUUGGAUGUACCGAUCCUGUGCAGGUGUUGUUACAUGUGGUCUGCCACUGCGAGGACGAUCAGCUGUCCGUCCUGUCUCCCUGUAGCACUGUCUUAGGCGGCUCACAGUACGGACAUUGCAAUUUAUUGCCCUGGCCACAUCUGCAGUCCUCAUGCCUCCUUGCAGCAUGCCUAAGGCACGUUCACGCAGAUGAGCAGGGACCCUGGGCAUCUUUCUUUUGGUGUUUUUCAGAGUCAGUAGAAAGGCCUCUUUAGUGUCCUAAGUUUUCAUUACUGUGACCUUAAUUGUCUACCGUCUGUAAGCUGUUAAUGUCUUAACAACCGUUCCACAGGUGCAUGUUCAUUAGUUGUUUAUGGUUCAUUGAACAAGCAUGGGAAACAGUGUUUAAACCCUUUACAACUAAAAUCUGUGAAGUUAUUUGGAUUUCUACAAAUGAUCUUUGAAAGACAGGGUCCUGAAAAAGGGACAUUUUCUUUUUUGCUGAGUUUACUUACUGUGCUACUUACCAAUGCCCUGUCUGUUACAGGGGAAACAAACACCUCAUUCUCUAGAAGUGGUAGUCACAGUCGAUCUAGUUUCACUCUUGUGAAACAAGUACAGUAGCUCAGUUUGGUGACCCCGUAGUGAUAAGCAAAAGGUAUAAAGUUGUCUCCCCUGUUUUUCCACCUUUUUGGUCUGCAAGCAAAAAAGGGGACCAGGGUUCAAGUACGCGUCCAACCUCCCUGGCUCUCUGCUGAGGGAGCAAAAGGCGGUCAAGGAGGAGGGCGAGUCCACCUCUACGUCUACAGCCAAGAGCAAGCCUGAGAGGGAUGAGACUCCCAGACACAGACCUGAGGAAUGGGAGCCCCUUCACAGACAACCCCCUGUCCUAUCCCCCAGCACCCUGCCUCGGCCCAGACCUGAGGACAAACUGAGGAAGAAGAGAAAGCUCUUCGAUGAUGACUAUGAAGAGGACUUUGGUGUGAGGAAGAAGGUAGAGAGACUCCGAUUUCAUCAUGUGGUUUGUGUUUGUUAGUAUAAUGUUACUCUGACUAUAGGUGGCCAUUUUCAUGCUGUGCCAAGCAACUCCUUUUGUUAAAUGUUUGUAUGUUAUGUGCUCUGGUAUCCAUAGUUGAACAUGCUCUCUAACUAAACCUUCCUAUCCCCCACAGGGAAAGUCAGAUGAACCUCUGUUCCCCAAACUCCUUCAUCAGAUCAAGAUGGAGGAGGAGGAUGAGGUGGAUGAGGAGGAGAAGGCCUCUCUGUACCGGCGAGGCCUGGAGAGGAGAGGGCGUUUAGGAGAUACCGAGGAGGAGGCAGAGGACAGGGAUGACGAGGACACAAAGACAAACCUGUCCAGGCCUCCUCUCAAAACUCCUGUUCUAGACAGUGAUCAGUCUCACUGCAGCUCUCCAUGGGCCGGCCCCAGCAGUGAGGGGGGCAGUGAACCCCAGGAGAAAGGCCCACGUCCCAAAGCGUGCCGCAAACGCCGAUUACCCAACAAGGAGCUGAGCAAAGAGCUGAGCAAAGCACUGAACCAGGAGAUCCAGAAGACUGAGGACUGCCUAGCCAAUGAGAACCGCCAGCCCCUGAAGGUGGAGCCAGAGAGUGAGAAUGAGGAGCCAAAGAGGGGCUUCCGCAACAGCAGUGACCAAGGAGGGGAGCGCCCCCACCUCUGGACCAAGGAAAUGAAUGGCACCCCCUGGGAGCUGCGCCACUUCUAUCCCAGCCAGAUCACCCCUCUGGGCUUCAACAGAAGCUCCCCUGGCACCCGGCCCCUGCCCCCACGCUCCCCACCAAAGUGUGUCCAAAUGGAGCGCCACGUCAUCCGGCCGCCACCCAUCAGCCCCCCACCAGACAGACUGCCCUUGGUGGAUGGGAAAACCCACACGGUGCAGCGAGAGGUCUGGAUGAAGAUCUUCGGACACGUCACACACAAGGAGCUGUGUAUCUGCAUGUGUGUCUGCAAGACAUGGAACAGAUGGUGAGAGCUCCAUUCUACUCAGACUGUGUUACUUCACAUCACAGGUUUUUAAAAACAUAAAGAAACACUUAGAUUAAAAUAUACCAAGUAUCUAAAACAUUCGUCUGUCCAUUACAAAUAGAGUGUGUAUCUCUGUUGUCUAUCUCUGACAGGUGCUGUGAUAAGAGACUGUGGACCAUAAUCGAUCUGAACCGCUGUAAAUCUAUCACUCCCCUGAUGCUGAGUGGCAUCAUCCGCAGACAGCCCCUCUCACUGGACCUCAGCUGGACCAACAUCUCCAAGAAGCAACUAAGCUGGCUUAUAAACCGCUUACCAGGUAUGUACCAUGACCAUGUCACACUCUGAUCUAUGGGACAAAAAUCUAUGUUUUGGGUCGAGAUUAGAGACUGUCCACCACUCUGUGAUUCUAUCUCAGUGUUGAAACUCUUCUGACACUACUCCGCUCUGUCCUGCAGGUCUGCGGGUGUUGCUGCUCUCAGGUUGCUCGUGGGUGGCUGUAUCUGCCCUCUGCACCUCUAGCAGCCCUCUGCUGCGAACCCUCGAUGUGCAGUGGGUGGAGGGGCUCAAAGAUGCCCAGAUGAGGGACCUGCUCUCGCCUCCGACUGACAACAGACCAGGUAACCACCGGCAACAGGAGGGGAGAGUUAGGUGAAAUUGACGUGACUGUAUUAUAGCACCCCCUGGUGGUUUUCCUGGGUGUGACCAUUAGGAAGAACAUGAGGGGAUCUUUAGAUUUUACAUUUGAGUCAUUUAGCAGACGCUCUUAUCCAGAGCGACUUACAGUUAGUGAGUGCAUAUAUUUUCAUACUGGUCCCCCGUGGGAAUCGAACCCACAACCCUGGCGUUGCAAGCGCCAUGCUCUACCAACUGAGCUACACGGGACUACAUAGUUCACAUGUGUUUAUUUAAAGGAUGUUAACCAAAAUUAAUUACAUUACUCGCCAUGUUUGACUGCGAGACAGGAAAUCACUCAUAUUUUGUUCCACCCUCAGGUCAGUUGGACAACCGUUGUAAGCUGAGGAACGUUGUGGACUUACGUCUGGCCGGACUGGACAUCACAGACGCCUCUCUGCGUCUGAUUAUCAGACAUAUGCCGGUACUUUCCCAACUGGACCUGAGCUACUGCAACCACGUCAAUGACCAGUCGGUCAACCUGCUGACGGCCGCAGGGACGACAACCAGAGACUCCCUCACAGAGAUCAACCUGUCAGGUAGGAAGCCUCAGUCAGUCACACUACUCUCACAACGUCAGUAUGAGCUAUAGGGGCUAAGAUAACAGCACAGAGGCUGUUUCUAGUUACUCUGCUAUUUUUCUUAUUUUUAUGUCUGUUAAUAUAGAAUAAGUAUUUAUUCUUAGUCUGUUAUCUCAAUUUUAUAUUAAGAGUUUAACUAUAGCUUGCAAGUCUUUAUGUUGCAUUUUAGCAUACAUAAUAUUCAAUUCGACUCCGUACACAUUUCCUCAUGCCUGGCUCUGUUUUUGUCUCCCCCUCCAGUUUGUAAUAGGGUGACAGACCAUUCCCUUACCUUCUUCAAGCGCUGUGGAAGCAUCUGUCACAUUGACCUGCGCUACUGCAAACAGGUGACCAAGACGGCCUGUGAACAGUUCAUAGCAGAGAUGUCUGUAAGUGUACAGUUUGGCCUCAAAGAGGACAAAUUACUGCAGAAACUCGGCUAGUUCAUUGAGGGACACUGACACAGGCCAAAAUGUACACAGCAACAAAGAACUACCUUUUACACUAAAUGGAGCAAGACAAGGUUUCCCCCAUCAAGCCUGGACUGGUUGGUUUUGUAUGUUUAUUUCCUCUUCAUUGGAGAAUCUACUGUGUUAGAUUUCUGAACAAACAAUGUCACAUGAGUUGAUGAGAGAAGCAGAGGUGUGUAAAUGGACUGGGGAGAUUUUUGCAUCAAUGUCUUUCUGGAUGUUGCAGAAUCCUUGUACUGAUAAGGGGAAGAUGUAAAGCUACUAGACAGAAGGAGAUGGUGAAGGAAAACAAAGCCUGCAUGAGUCUUUCUUUUUGUGUUUGUACCUUUAUUUAAGGUUUAUUUGUUGUAUUGAAUUUGUUGGGGAAUUUGUUUUCUAUUAUUUAGGUUUGUUUUAUACAACAAUUCAUGAAUUGGGCAAAACAUUUUAAGUUUAAGUGAAACUUUAUGUGUACCAUAUACACUCCAGAUUUCAACAUAUGAACAGAUCCCAGAUGACAUGUCUUAGAACUGAAUAUUGACCUACAGAUCUUUUAUAUCAGUUUGCCUUGACACCAAUGGUAAUAUAUAUUUUUGGAUGCUGUUUUACCUGAUAUCAUGUGCCAAUUUCUGAAGUUGACAUUACAAGUUUUAUGGUAGUUACUGACUUGGACUGGAUUUACUUUACUUAAAACAUGAAAAUAAGACCAUCAUAAAAUAUGUUAUAAAUGUCUACAGCUGCAAUAUGUAACUUUUUGGGUGACCUGACCAAAUUCACAUAGUUAAAGAUCUGUCAUUGAAAGCAAGUCUAAGAAGUAGAUCAGUUAUUUCUAUGCUUCCUGUUCUUAAGUUCCGUUUUUGUCUUUUGCUUUCGGUUUUGUACA